AGCCAGGUCGGUUUGAAUAGCAUCUGUCAUCCCCUGGUGGUUGUUCUGUGUAGUUUCUCUUGUUGACCCUGGAAACAGGAAGUGCUUCACUUCCUCUCCAGAUCUUACCUGAGGCCAUCACAUGUUACUGCUGGACACAAUCUAAUGGCAUCCUCUCUUCCCCAGUUUAUACACGGCAUCAUCUCAAAAUGCAAGAAAACGGGUGAAGGGUUUGAGAACACUGCUAUGGCGUCUAACUGCAUCUGUUCUGCCAAAACAAGGGACAAGUCUGAAGGAGGAUAUUUAUGCGCAGAAGCACCAGAAGGAAUCAGAGACUUCUUGAGAAGAGCUGAGGAGAAGCACCAAUCCUUCUGAGUGAAAUGCAAAAGAGGUGACAAUGGGUUACACAGCAUUGUAUACACUUCUCUGGCUUCUAUCUGCAUUCGCUCUUACAACACAAGAGUUGCUGAAACUAAGUGUGACUCCCAGGAUCACUGCAGAGUGCGGCCAACAGGUUAUCCUAAACUGCGACGUGUCGUCAUCUCGAGAUGGACUAUCAGUGAAAUACAUGAUGUGGUCCCAAAACCACACUACUUUCUGUUCUGUGGACAGUGAAGGAAAACUCAAACGCCACUCACACACACAAAGUGACUUCCAUUGUAGGUACAAACACGGCCAGUUGUCCCUCGUCUUUAAAACAGUGCAGCCACGGGAGAGCGGAGACUCGAAGCGCUACAUGUGCAAACUACAAUCCAACAUGGGAGUUGCACAUGCGUACACAAGGGUGGAGUUACAAGAGUGUUGUGGCAUCGUUAAGGGCAUUUUGACCAGUGGCGGUCCCAUCUGCAGAUUUAAAAACGUCUACCCGGACGGAGACGUGCACUGGUUCCACGGCUCCAACAAUCUCUCCGACGGGUCUUUGACGCACCACACCACUAAACAGGUGGCCGAAGGGGGUUGGCUGACGAUCGAAAGUUACCUGGAGGCGGAAAGUUCGCACGUGCCCUACAACUGUUCCUUGAAGAGCACCGCAUCUGGUAGAUACAUCGCAAGCACUUUGGUUCAGAACCCAGAAUCCCAGGUCAAGCCAAGAGGCAGACUACAGGAACAGCAAAAAAUUGUUGAUAACGGCGCUGGAUCACACGGACCUAUGUGGACAUUUUUUUAUAUUUCAAUCUCACUUGUUGUCGCACUGAAAUAAUGGAUUUGGCGGCGUAAAUCCACAUAAUGGAGUGUGAUAAGCUAUCAGGGUGAAGCGAUGAUUAACAUUGAUUAGGAACAAUGAGGUACUGAGAUUUACGUAUCUAUUUAGUGAAUCAUCUUGCAUGGUCCAAAGGUUUAUUAUUCUUCCUUUUAGCUCUUGACUGAAGUGAACAAGGAAAUUACAGACUGCUGAGAGGCCGAUAAUGAUUAGACUCUAUAAAACACCUUAAUUGUUUUGUUUCGAUAGAGAGCAGAGCAGGGUAUUGGUUUCAUUACACUCAAACACACACACACACACACAGGAGUAUUUUGGCUACUGCUUCAUAUUAGCUUUUAGAUAUAAACCUUAUAGCCCCAGAUAAUUCUGAGAGAGUGAGAUGAAAAUGUGUGUUGACAGGUGUGUCCACUAUGUGUCCACAGGAUGGUUUGUCUAUGUGUGACUACUGUGUGAAUGCACGCUUUCUGCAAGAGCACUAUCAAGAAAAAAAAAAUCUGUCCAUCUUUGAACAGAAAGCAGACCUCAAAAGAGCUGUGAAUUCCCCUCAGACACACAGAAGCCUUUAUGUGCGAAAUAUCAAAUAGCUGCUGGACACAAGAACUCUCAGUCAUGCAACAACUCAGUCUGUGGUUUGUGGAUGGAUGCUGCCCUCUGGUGUGAUCAGUCCAUUCUUGUGAACACGAUAUUUCAGGAACACCUGGAGGGAAUUUCUUCAAAUUUGGCACAAACAUCCACUUGGAUUCAAGGAUGAACUGAGUAGUUUUUGGUGGGCAAAAGUCGAGGUCACUGUCUGUCCCAUUCUCGUGAUAUCUCAGGAACGGCUUGAGUGAAUUUCUUCAAAUUUGGCUCAAACGUCUUGAAUUCAAGGAUGACCUGAUUUGAUUUUGGUUGUCCAAGGUCACUGUGACCUCCAAUAACUCAAGAAUUCAUAUCUAAAUUAUGACAAUUUUACACAAAUGUCUAACAGGAUAAAAUGAAGAAGUGAUGACAUUUUGGACAGAUGUGGAUGUAAACUGCAACUUGACUGGCUGGAGGAGGCGUACAACAGCGAGGCGGUAAUUCUAGUUUUAAAAAUCAACAGUUUUCAAAGGAACAAUUUUUUUUUAUAGUCAAUGCACCGUGUUGAGCGCCAUUUUCUUUUGAACUAUAUGACCACGGCAAACAGCUCAAUGUCUGCUCCCUUCUCAUUUUAUUUCUACGAUUGGGACACUGAUUCUGGAAAGAAAUGCUCUGAGCACCACACCUGAAAUUCCAUACUCAAUCUACAUCAAGUUUUAUUGGGGUGGUUGCAGAAAUCUCAGAGAUGAAUAUCUCAAACCGGGGCAAACUAGACCAAAACUAUCUUUAUAGCUACACACCAAAGAGCUAAGUGAGGAAAUGUGUUUUUUUGAGAUUUGGGUGAACCAACCCUUUAAGAUGGAUAUAUAAAAAAGGGUCUGGAGUAUAUAUGUGAACAUGCAGUGAAAGAUAAUAUCUAGCUUGUCAGAGUUGCAACAGGGUAUAUUUUGUUUCUUUUCAUUUUUGACCAGCAGUCAGUCAGAGUCCUGGGUGCAGCAGACGAGUAAGAAGACAGAUACAGAUCAUUUCUCCUGUUUCUCAUCUUCAACUACUCGCUCUGUCUUUGCAGGUAUAGCUCAAACUGAGCUCCAAGGCUAAAACUCUGCCUUUUAACGCCUCAGUGCACCGUCUUCAGACAGGACUUGUGAGAGCCUUUUUUGAGUCAGAAUAACUCUCGGCUAAUGGCGUCACUAAAUCGGUGCCAAGCAGGAGGAGCAGGUUGAACUUUUAGCGAGACGUUGCUGCGGCUGAGAGUCCAACGGGUGAAUGACUACGACCUCACCUUGACUACUCCAUCAGUGCACAUGGAUACACACAUAUAUAUAUACACAUAUACACACCAACCAUUUGUUUGUGUUUGUAGAAUAUCUAUCUUUCAAGAGUGUAAUUUUGAGAAAUAUUACUUUUGACUAAUGACGAAAUGGGAUACGCUGUACUUACACUUACCAAAUAUUGCACUACAAAAUUAAAGCAGCUUAUAUAAAUGGUCACAACACUAAAUAAUGCUUUCACAGUGAUGAUGGCUGAAUUAUUUAAUAUGUCUGUAUUUUUAAAUGACCUCUUGAAUUCAAACUCAGAACAAUCACAAUGAUGAGCUUUAAAGGGAACUGUUUGAUAAGCUAUUACGUUAUGACACUAAUGGGAACGCUUUAUUACUUUUUGUUUGUAUAUUGUGAUUUUUUAAAAGAAUUUAGCUGACAUUAACGUUUACAAAAAAAUACUAAUAUGCUGUAAAAAGCUUUCAGAAUAGAUCAUUUAAAGGGAAAUAAAGAGCAUAUAUGAA